AUGUUUCAUCUAGCAUCGUCAUUAUACACUCAAUACACCAAAAGAGAACAAUAUAAUAUUCUUAUUUUAGGAUUGGACAAUGCAGGGAAAACAACGUUUCUAGAACAUUUAAAAUUACUAUAUUCGUCCUCGACAGAAUCAGCAAACAAGAGCCAACAAUCCAAGAAUUCAACUACAGGUGACGAACAACCCAGAUCAACGGCAGAUAUUAUCAAAUCUAAACGGAUUUUACCCACAGUUGGCCAAAACACAACAACCAUAAAGUUCGAGUCCAAAGAUUCCGAUUCACCCUUGGCAUCGCAAUUCAAAAACAUUAAUUUGAAAUUUUGGGAUCUAGGGGGGCAGAAAUCAUUGCGAAAUAUGUGGUCCCGAUACUUUAAGCAAUGUCAUGGCAUUAUAUUUAUAAUUGAUUCUACUGAUACUGAGCGGUUUCAGGAAUGCUAUGAAACAUUGAUUGAUAUUGCACAUGAUGAUACGUGGAUGCAAAUUGACGAUGAAAACAACAGCAACGUCGAUGGAACAGUAAAUGUACCAAUAUUAAUGAUGGCAAAUAAGCAAGACCUACCGCAAGCUGUAGAUUUGGUGUCUCUUAAGACAGGGGUAUUUAUCAAGUUAGUUAGUGAGUUGGAAGCUACCGAUUCGAAAUUGUUACCAGUUUCCGUUUUAGAGAAUCAAGGAUUACAAGAAAGUUUGGAAUGGUUAGUGACACGAUUGAUUUACAACAAACGUAACAAAAAGCCUGAGUAUAAGUGA